AUGCUGUAUACAUCAGUCCUUAUCUGCUUCCUGUUCCUGGAGAUCGCAGUCUGCGCUCCAGAAAACAUUCAGAGCGAUGAUACCCAUGCUGACCAAGAUGCCCAUGACCUCCGCGGUGCCCAAGUUGAACACACCGCCCCACUCGAGAAGAGAUCUCCACGCUAUGACUUUGGUUUAGGAAAACGGGCCUAUAGCUACGUUUCUGAAUACAAACGACUUCCUGUCUACAACUUCGGAUUAGGCAAAAGGUCGCAGCUCUAUUCAUUUGGUCUAGGCAAGCGAUCCGUUGACGGUGAUCAAUCCAGCGAUGACUUCAUGAGUGACGUUGACCACGCUAACGUGCCUGAACUCUUUGACCAAUAUGACGACGCUCCAGUUUAUGAGGUCAAGCGCGCACGACCAUACAGUUUUGGACUCGGUAAGCGUCUAGCCGAAGAUUCAGAGGAGAAUGAAGAUAAACGAGCCAGAAUUUACGACUUCGGAUUAGGCAAGAGACCAUAUCUCUACAAUUUCGGUCUUGGCAAACGAGCUAGAAGUUACAACUUUGGUCUUGGCAAACGCCUCAGCAAAUUCAAUUUCGAACUUGGUAAGAGGCAGCGAGACAUGCACCGCUUCAGCUUUGGCCUUGGCAAGCGAUCCAGCGAUGCGAUUGACAGCGAAAACUAUAUGGACGAGUAA